CUUAUCUACCCAGAUACUUGCACUCGAGUAUACACCCCCUCCCCUCAUCCCUCAUCCCACUUCUUUGACCCCUCCUCUAUGAUCUUUUCUUCUCGAUAAUCUCAUCACAAUGGGUAAAUCUUCAAAGGACAAGCGGGAUGCGUAUUACAGACUUGCAAAGGAGCAAGGAUGGCGAGCACGAAGCGCCUUCAAACUUCUUCAGCUGGACGAAGGUGAGAGAAACAGACAAUACUGCUGCAACAAUUCUUCUGGCUGCGCAUCGCUGAUGUUGGUAUCGCAGAGUUUGACCUGUUCAAGGAUGUUACACGCGUCGUCGAUCUGUGCGCAGCUCCAGGAAGCUGGAGUCAAGUCCUCUCUCGAGUCUUAAUCAAGGGGGAAAAGUUCGGUCGGCGUGCGUGGGAAGAUCAAGAUGCAAAAUUAUCCCAAAUGUUGCGAAAGGUCUUUGCACCAGACACAACCCCCGAAAUCGAAACAGCAGCAGCAGAAAAGAAAGACGAAGAAUUGAAGCCUCGAAAGGAUGUCAAGAUUGUUGCCAUCGACCUGCAGCCUAUGAGUCCACUUGAAGGCAUCAUUACCCUGAAAGCUGACAUCACCCAUCCUGCAACAGUACCACUGUUACUACGAGCACUUGACCCAGACUACGACCCUUCCACUAAGUCACAGCAAGCUGCACAUCCAGUGGACCUUGUGAUUUCAGACGGGGCACCAGACGUGACUGGUCUCCAUGAUCUAGACAUCUAUGUGCAGUCUCAGCUCCUCUUCGCUGCUCUGAAUCUAGCACUUUGUGUUUUACGUCCAGGAGGAAAGUUUGUUGCGAAGAUCUUUCGGGGAAGAAAUGUCGACUUGCUUUACGCUCAAAUGAGUAUCUUUUUCGAGAGAGUGGUUGUCUCAAAGCCCAGGUCCAGCAGAGCCAGUAGCGUCGAAGCCUUUAUCGUGUGCAUCAAUUUUCAACCCCCAGAAGGCUACGUGCCAAGUAUGGCAGAGCCCAUGGGUGUUGGAAACAAAUUGGAAAAGAUGGCCAAGGUCAAGGCAUCCCACAUCUCAAUUGUUGCCCCUACAACAAUGCAAGAUCCUACCACUGGAACCUGGUCUCUCACACAAUCAUCCCCUAUCAUAUAUGGAGAAGAUGAAAUUGUAGAGCUUACACUCCCAGAAGAGGAAUCGAACGCAAGAAAGAACGGAAAGUGGAUUGCUCCCUUCCUAGCUUGUGGCGAUCUCUCUGCGUUCGAUGCCGAUGCCUCAUAUCACUUGCCAAAGGAUCGAGUUGCGUUGGAUCCCAUACAGCCACCGACUGCUCCCCCGUACAAGCGAGCUCUGGAAUUACGGAAGGCCAUGGGUGGGGCAUCUGGAAAGACGAACGUUGCGUAGUUCGCGACUUGAGAUAUUCCAUACAAGUAUUGAAAAUCGUAUGACUCCCACUUUACGAUAUCACCACGUCUUGCUACUUGAUGUCCAAGUUUUGCAUGCAUGGAACAGAUGAAAUUGAAUUUAAAACAAAUGGUAUUUCAUGGUCUUCCAGCCAUACCAACACGCUAAACCAAAGGAUCCCAAUCCACGGCGCAUCGACCAAAACGCUUCAUCCGCAAAAAGAUACAUACAAGAAUAUCGGCAUUUGCCCGAACCUCCUACGCCAUCCAUAUCUACUUCAUCUCAAUUACGCUACCCGUUUCACUACCUGUAUUCUACAUGGUCCCUCAUCAAACCUAGGAAUCGAUUCACUUUGUGAUAAAUCCAAGGUAAUCUGCGACGAUCAAAGUGAUCAUACUGCAUUCGAGAAUCAGUUUGAUGUUCCUUCAUGAUUUUUGGAAGAAUGGGGACUUACGCAUGGGGAGCGAUUCUCAUGUAGUACGUGCUGAAUCCUCUAUAAAAUCUGAGCAUACCCUCCUCCUUGGCGACCUUUUUGAAGCAAUCUGCCAUGCCUUUAUAUGGUAGCGUGCCAUCUGCAGCACGCUGUUGCUUUUGCAACCUGGUCUUGACAAAAUCAAAUGGCAAACUAAAGAAACUGGCGAAGAAACCGGCCACAGCGCUUGCAGCCAUUGUUCGUGAUGUUUUGCUCAAAUUGGUGCCCCUCUCCAGUCUCUCUUUUGCUUCUGAGAAAAAGGCCAAUUGGCCAAAGUUCAGAGCCAUGGCUCUGACGACUGUUGGUGCAGCACCGGCCCAUAGUGCCACCACACCCUCCGAUUUUGCAAUAUCUCUCAAAGCAUGAAUGACCGAGGAAUAGUUCUUUCUCUGCGCAGCGGAUUUCAAUCCAUCCGAUUGCAUGCGGAUGAGAGCUAGAUCUGCUGGAUUUCCUAUCAUGGCUGCGAUUGCACCUGCCAUUAUGCCUGAAGCAGCGCGCUCCUUAAAGGCAACUUCUGUACCCUGGGCCUUUGCUCGCACUGCAAAAGAUCUCAUAAAAGUUUCAAAAAAUCCCAGGCGUGCAGUCGUAUAUAAUGCUUGUCUCAAGAGUCCUGCGGAUAGGCCUGUGUACAAGUCCAUCACCCUUCCGGCAGCUAUGAUUUCUUUAGUGACGGAUAGAGGUGACGGUUUGGGGCCUGUUUUUGCUCCUGCACCAGCCAGUUGCAGUCGUACUUUAAUCAUGUCGAUUGGUUGGAUUAUGCCGGUUGCUACCAUUCCGGCGGCGCCUCCGUUGAUAUAAGGAAGCGCUCCUCGCAUGAAGGGUGAAUGUAAGAAGUCAUUUCUGGCGCCCAUUGUAUCUGCCCUCGCAGACUCUGCAUAUUGUUUGGAGGCUCCCAUUGCUUCGGAUGUUUUGUUGCGUGCAGCUUCGGCAGCCUGCUUGAUCGAGUUGGAGGUCGACAUUGGGAAGGGAAAAUUGGAACGAAUUGAAACUGGUGAACGUUGUUCAAGUCAAAUAGCUUGACAGCUAGAAGCCAGAAAAGGGACAAUGUCAGCUUCCCUUCUGACAGAAGGUAGGACCAGAAAGAAAAUCAGAAGCUUGGAAGAACAUGUCGAGCUCAGGACCAAAUGAUUAAGUUUUGUUGAUGGAGCUUCCCCCCACCCAAAGUUUAUUGGCGGGGUCCAGUGUGGAGUUAUGGGCGGCUCGUUCUUAGCUUGAUUUGGAACCAGAACAAAGCGACUGGACGGGAAUCUCGAACUUCUCUGGCACAUGCCAAGUUGACCCAUUACGCCGAGGGAACACUCGCCGGACCUUUGUUUGCAAAGAGCUGGCGUUGCACCAUCGCCAAGGCCUCUGACACUUGAUCGAAUGGUGCGACCAAAGACUUGGGAGACAGGAAAAGGAAUGUGUUCAAAACUUACUUGUAGCUUUCCGGUACAGCAAACUUGGAACUCAAGCAGAAAUAACAGUUAUGCUGUAUCGCCCUCUAUCGCUGAUAACGAUGUGCCAAAGUGGAGAGCUAGGGCGCGGGUGGUGGUGUUGAGACUGGUGCGGGGCAGGGAAUCGACUUGCAUGCAGCUCGCCAGCCCUAUCGAAUGAGGAGAAUCGGAACGAGUCAAGGACGGAGCGACGACGACGAGCAACCGUACUCGAUGCUGCAGAUGGAAGAUUUUGUUACCGUGUCGUGAUUUUUCCGUGUUGAAGCAAAAGAGAGAUAAGAUGGUUUAUGAUGGGUUUUGUUGUGCAAGCUCUUCUCUGAUGGUGCCGAGCUCUUGGUUCCUGUUGGUCCUGGCCUGGGGUUUAAAGGUCCCUCGGUUGGGUGGGUGGGACGUGUGGGAUGGAAGAGACGGAUCGAUGAGGUGGACUGUAAUCUAUGUGCUGUGCAAUUGAGUUCAAAUGCGGGGUUGUCUGGCACGAGACGGAAGGCAAGCCUGUGAUCCUCACGAAGUACUAGACGUGGUGAAGUGAGGUUUCUGGUGCUACGAAGUCUUAGAAAGUAGUUACUCGCCCCUUCCUUGGUUGAUUAAAAUCGCGGGAUACUGGUCUAUCUCGAAUGCUUUACGGGUAGGAGGAUGCCGAGAGGUGUUGACUGGAGAUGGUGUUUGAAUGGGUUGAUGAGAGGACAAAUGACAUAAAUGGCGCUCGAGCACAAUCCAAGAAAAGAUAUCAUAAAGAGUGCAUGAAAAGACGAGAGAGAAAAAUCAAAUGGGUAUGCGAAUGGGAAUGGGGAAUGGGAAAUGGAAAGCUGAUGGGUUUACUACUUUUCCUACCAUUAUCACUACCACAGCUACGGAUACUAAUAAAAAACCCCAUCGUGAAUUUGAUGCGAUGGGAUAGGUAGAAUGGGGGGCAGGUCAGGCAGUAUUUUUUUCUUUUCCCGUAGCCCGAGCGAAGUAGCGUAGCGCGGCGUAGGGAGGAGCCUAUUCCCGAAGUCCACGUUUGCCUACGAGUAGUACAGAAAGUACCUAUAGCUCGUACUGUCGUAUAGUAUUAGUAUACCUAGCCUCGUUAGGUAGUGAGAGUAGCUCUGGAGUACCGGUACUACUGUGCUCGUAUUUGAGUACAUAUAGGUAGGUUUUACACCUACUCAUACCCGACAGUACAGUACAGUACCUUGUCAUUUGGUCAUGUAUCUAUUCCUACUCUACGGAGUAUCAUAUCGUCCUCGCUGAUUGUUUUUUGACUGCUUCGGUUUUACUGGGGCGAUGCGGGGUUGUUUUUUUGGGAUGAUUGGUGAGGUGUCUGGUCUGGGUUUGUAGUUGGAGUUGGAGAUGGAGAUGCGGAAGUCCGUUGUUUGUUGGGGGUUUGCUGGUUUCUGGUUUGUGUCAGAUUGAGAUGUCGUUGAGCAGUGGUUCAUUUUUUCUCUUGAGGUGGAUGGAGUGGAUGGAGUGAGGGCGGUUUUUGGGCUUCGUUAUUGUUCUUUUUGUGGGUAGAAAGUAGAGUAGAGUAGAUAAUCUAGGUGAUUGGUU